AUGAGUGCUCCUCAGCCGGGCUCCGAAUUCUUCACGGCCUGCCAGAAUAUUAAGGAUAACCUGGAGAAACAUACUAAGCGACGAUGCGAGCCUGCCAGCCGGUUCAUUUCGCAUCAAGAUCUGUUGGAAAUCUGGCAGACGGAAGAUCGCAUCCACAAAGUGCUCUAUACCGAUCGCCGCAUCGAUGACGAUCUGCAGAAUAUCCAAGACAACUUCAUUGCCAUCCUUUCCACUCUCGUAUCAAUCGAGGCCACACAUUGCCUAGCAAACUUUCGGAGUUUAUUUCUUGCUGGGAAUAUAACCGAUAAGGAUCUUCCGCUAGAACGAGAGCAAAUCGAAACUUUCCUCCCUGAUCAAUCAGAGCUAGUAGACCAAUUCGAAAUCAUUCAAUGCGAGUUUUGCCCAACAGUGAUCUCUUGCACGACGCCCCUACAUUGUGUUUCUUCCAAGCGUCGACUACCAUUUGAGAUAAAGCCUGAAAAGCUGGGCAUCGGGGGCUUUGGCGAAGUGGAAUUGGUGACUAUAACGCCACGGUACUGGGAAACGGCUAGUAAAAGUUACUACAACUUCGCCUAUAAAGUUGCCUGCAAGAAAUUCGACCGAAAGGAAGCUUUUCUCAGAGAACACAAGAAUCUCACAAUUUUGAAGGAGAGUUUGACAACACAGAGUCACAUUCUGCAGCAUUACACGGCUGUGGACCAUGAUCCACACAACUACUAUAUUCUCUUCCCGUAUGCCGAACAUGGGGAUCUGCACCACUUUCUAUAUGGUGGUGCUGGGAGCUAUGAAAUUCACAAUCAAUUUCCCGGCAUACCGGAGGGAAGCGAUACAGCCAUAUUCAAGCCAUUGUUGUAUCAAUGCUGGGCUCUGGCAUGCGCUAUUCAGUGGUUGCACGACUAUAUUCAGGUUGAUGGCGAGCACAUCAUGUGUGCUCAUUUAGACCUCAAGCCGGACAACAUCUUAAUCAGGAAUGAUGCAAGCUCUGUUGUAGGGAAGUGGAUGAUAUCUGACUUUGGCAUUUCCGUGCUUGAACCCCAGAAGCUUGGUUCAAGCCGUCCACUCAGUGUCAGAGGCUGUUACCAGGAACCGACCAUUGAAGUGAACCCUCACCGGGGAAGAGGGACCUAUCGACCACCGGAAGCUAUUAUCCGAAGAGGAUCAACAGUUACGGCUGACAAGAUAGGUCGUCGAAGUGAUAUUUGGGCUUAUGGAUGCAUUUUCACUGAGGUACUCGCCUGGGCUAUCGGACGACGCGAAGGUGUUGAACACUUAGCCAAGGAAAGGCAAACUGGAGCAACGAAUGACUGUUACUGGGAUGAACAGUUUGCUCAGAGCUUGUCGCCUCAAACGACAGGCUUCAAAGUACGAGAUUCGGUUGUCCGAUGGCUUGAGCACAAUCAAAAUUCCACUGAGAGGGUAGUAGGCGAAUGGGUGAAGACAAUCAAAGACAUCCUUAUCAUAGACAAGGAGCACAGGCCCAAAGCGCAACAGCUUGUGGAAUACGUUAGAGGUGUGUAUAAAUCAUGCGACCUGCCUCAAAUCCGCGAUUCGCAGCCACCCGAGUCCCCAGCCGAGCCUCCGUUCAGGCAGCCAUCUUAUCGAAUGCCAGAUCCCCGAGAAUUUCCCAGAGAGUCAGGCUUGCAGGGACCGAGCAAGCUACUACCACAUGGCAAAAAACAUGUCAUUGACACCUAUAUGUCGCGGACAAGUUGCCAAGGCAAGGUCCCAAUUGCAGUAGUAUGCAAUGACAAAGUUGAAAUACUGAACUUGGACCUUACGCAAAAAGAAAUCGAAGAGGUUGGAUUCUUAUCACUGUUUGGGAAGUUAGGUAAUGCCGAGGUUGCCAUCGAAGGCCAGUACCUCGCAGUUUGGGGUUUCUGUAAAGGUUCCCGUAAGGGAGAAGGGGGAAGAGUGCUUCAUAUUGGGGAGGUUAAUUCAGGCUUCGAGACAAGCCUACCCAUAGUCCCAGAGUUAGUUGUAUCGGUCGCCGUAUCUCCGCGUGGUCUAUUCGCUUUAGUCCAGGACAAGGACAUAAUACUCCUCUCUUGGCCGUCCCAAUCGUCAUCAGACGUGCGGCGCACCCUGGCCUUGCCCGUCGCAGAUCAAUCAUUUACGCAGGCCAUAUUCAACGCCAGCGGUGACUUCUUGUUUGUGUGGGCAAGGAGCUCAAAGCAAGAGUCUCUGUACGUUUGGAAAGUCGAGGGGAUGGCAGAUGAACCAGACUUCGCUGUUCACUAUUCUCUGCAGCAUCGAUUCCACUGGAAUACUUCAGUUAUGCCUUAUAGUUCUGGUAAAGGGUGUGUCCUUGCAGAUGACCAGAACAGGUACACAGCUGUUACUCUGAAUCAGCAGCGCAGUGGGACACAUAGCGUUGAACCAGCACGCAUUGAGCGCCCAUUUGAUACUUUGAAUGUGAUAGUCAGCUGCAUGAUUGGUGAUGAGUAUCUGCUCGGGCUAGUCAAAAGCGGUCAUCUAAUUACGACACGAUUAUAUCUACAUCGAUUUGAAAUCACCCGCCGAGAAAACCAAACGCAUGCCUCAAUUACCAGGGGCCGUGAAGUCCUGGAAGUUCCAAAGGACUUCAAGCAGGCCAGCAAUGUACGGGCCUAUGAGCAGCUAGGGGUAGCAACAGUGGUUUUAUGGAACGAGACCAGCUUCUUCAUAUCUGACCUACCUCCCAGUAAUGGGCAUCAUUGA